AUGCGCUCCUCACAUUCGGACAAACAAACUGCUGAAGCCUAUGCCAUGGUUCCCAUAGGUCUCAUGAAGGAGAUUCUACCUUACGGCGUCGACAAAGAAUAUGGCCCUCGCAAAGAGAAAAUCUCGACCAAGAAUCUUUCAAGCGAAGCUUGCAUCAGAUCUACGAGCCUGGACGUGGGAUUGCGUUUCCCAGCUGGAGUUGAAAAUGUCUGCACUUAUUACCUGCCGGCUGGUGCAGUCAAGUCGGCAAAAGUCCAACUCAGCAGGGAUCACACUGAUUGGAAUGAACAACAAAUCAAGGAUGCAAUUCGUGCACGAUGGAAUGCAGACCAUGCUAGCUGCAGACUCGGAGCCUACCAUCAUAUUCCCGCUCAGGCACCGUUACGAUUCAUCCAGCUGAGUGGAUACGUCAGAACAUGGAGACCGUCAAGCUUGGUCAGAAGGGAGGUAGGCCAGGACUGCAACAACCGACGUGUGAUUUUCUUCCGAAGUCGUGGUGGCACCCCAAAGCACCCUCCUCGGUUGGUAGGACGAGUACUCGAAAUACUGGACGAGCAAGCCAGGCAAGCCUCUUGUUCAGCUGCGUAUCCUCGCGGCUCAGAUAAGAUCUUCUCUGCCGAUAUGCCGGUGGAUCUGCGACUUGCCAUGCUUUCGUCAAAUGCGGAUGCAGCACGGAAAGAGAUCGAGAGUUGCUUUCCGAUCCAUAACCCCAUGACCCGCUUCGGAGUCGUGUGGACAACCCGGGGUUAUUACCUAUCGAGGAAGGUUACGAAGCACGUUGACACCAACGUCGUCCUUCGAGCCAACGAACAGCCUGAAUACAUACCCCCGGACAUUGAGUAA